AAGGCUUUGGUUUACCGCGGAAAAGGAAACGAAGAAGGUAGAGGAGAUCGCUUGUUCUGCUGCAAUAGUCCGACUUCUAAGCAUUUGAUUUCGUCUCACUCUUUGUCGUUCGUUUAGUUCCUCAUCUGCUCGUUAUUCAGUCUGCUAAAUAAGGAAAUGGAUGAGACCAUGAAGACCCUGAUGGUUUUCGACUUCGACCACACGGUGGUGGAUGACAACAGUGACACGUGGGUCAUCAGGUGUCUCCCAGACCGAACCCUCCCCAAUGCACUGAAGGACUCUUACCAGAAGGGCCAGUGGACCGACUACAUGGGCAGAGUCAUGGCCUACAUCGGUGACCAGGCGGUGAGCCCUGACGGCAUUCGCGUCGUCAUGGAGACCAUCCCGUUCACGCAGGGCAUGGCGGACCUGCUGGCCUUCAUCUCGGCGCACAAGAGCGCGGUGGACUGCGUGGUGAUCUCGGACUCCAACGCCGUGUUCAUCGACUGGAUCCUGGGCGCGGCCGGGCUGCGCUCGGCCGUGGACCGUGUGCUCACCAACCCCGCCCGCUUCGACGAUCGGGGUUACCUCACGGUGCGGCGGCACCACGCCCACGAUUGCGCCCGCUGCCCCGUCAACCUGUGCAAGCGGGCGGCGCUGCAAGCGUACCUGACGGAGUGCGAGGAGGGGGGCGUGGACUACCACAGGAUGAUCUACGUGGGCGACGGCGGCAACGACCUGUGCCCCUCGUCCUGCCUGCGGGGGGGUGACGUGGUGAUGCCCAGGAGGGGCUUCACCCUGGAGGGGCUGCUCUCCAAGCUGCAGAGCCGGGGUUCCUCCCUCAAGGCCCGCGUGGUUCCCUGGACCAGCGGCACGGAGGUCCUGGAUGAACUGAGGUCCCACAUGCUGCCGGCCACACCCUGACGGGCACACCCUGACGGCAGCGAGCGGAGCAGGGAGCGGAGCAGGAAGCAGAGCAGGGAGUGGAGGAGGGGGUCCUCCCUCAGGGUCAACGGGAUCAAAGAGAGCCAGGACUGUGUCUGUCACAUCACAGCUGUCCACUGGGACUUCGUUUUUUACUUUUAUGUUAUUGUUUUUAGAAAGUCCUAUUUAUAUUGGUGAUCAUAUUUUGUGACAUGGUUUUACAUAAGGACAUAAGGGUAUGUAAUGCGUGCAAUGACUCAGGUAAUUUUUGUUUUGUUUUCUUAAAAUAAAUGAGAAGAAUUAUU